AUGAACAAUUUCAUGAGCGAGAACGCCAGGAUUCAAGCUGAGAGGAAUGUGAUGAUCCAGAAACAUUUGGACAACAAGCAGCAGAUGGCCAAGCAGAAGGACAUUGCCAGACAUGAAAAGAUUAGGUAUGUGCAGCAGUUGGCUAGAGAGUAUGGUGUAAAGAAGACAAACCGACAGUUGUGGUGUGUUGUGCACAAGAUCACCAAAGAUGAGGACAAUAUGGAGUUCUUCAUUAGCACAUCUACACCUACAGGAAGGCUAGCCUUCAUUGAGCACUAUGCCAGAGUCAACAACUAG